AGCUGCGGACGCGCCGGCUGUGAGCAUCCCUGGCCAGCCAGGCGGGAGGUCCCCGGAGCUCUGGCUCCGGAGGCAGCGGCUCGGCCCGCCCUCGACAUGGCCAGCUCUGGAGAGGACACGUGCGAUGACAGUGACGCGCCCCCCGCGGCAGCCCCGGUGGCAGACAGCACCCACCUGCUGGGCUUCUCCGACGAGAUCCUCCUGCACAUCCUGAGCCACGUGCCCAGCACGGACCUGGUUCUGAACGUCCGGCACACCUGCCGGAAGCUCGCAGCGCUGUGCUUGGACAAGAGCCUCACCCACACGGUGCUGCUGCAGAAGGACUAUGAGGCCAGCGAGGACAAGGUGAAGCGGCUGGUGAAGGAGAUCGGCCGGGACGUGCAGCAGCUCAGCAUGGCCGGCUGCUACUGGCUGUCGGGCGCCACGGUGGAGCAUGUGGCGCGCUGCCGCGGCCUGGUGCGCGUCAACCUGUCGGGCUGCCCCCUGACCUCCCUGCGCCUCUCCAAGGUGCUGUCGGCCCUGCCACACCUGCGCUCCCUGGCCAUCGACGUGAGCCCCGGCUUCGACGCCAGCCAGCUGAGCGGCGAAUGCAAGGCGACGCUGAGCCGCGUGCGGGAGCUCAAGCAGACGCUGUACACGCCCUCGUACGGCGUGGUGCCCUGCUGCACCAGCCUCGAGAAGCUGCUGCUGUAUUUCGAGAUCCUGGACCGCACGCGGGAGGGCGCCGUGCUCUCGGGCCAGCUCAUGGUGGGCCAGAGCAACGUGCCGCACUACCAGCACCUGCGCGUCUUCUACGCCCGCCUGGCCCCCGGCUACAUCAACCAGGAGGUGGUACGCCUCUACCUGGCCGUGCUCAGCGACCGCACGCCCGAGAACCUCCACGCCUUCCUCAUCUCCGUGCCCGGCAGCUUUGCCGAGAGUGGGGCCACCCGGAACCUGCUGGAGUCCAUGGCCCGCAACGUGGCGCUGGACGCCCUGCAGCUGCCCAAGUCCUGGCUCAACGGCUCGGCCCUCCUGCAGCACAUGAAGUUCAGCAGCCCCUUCUACUUCAGCUUCAGCCGCUGUGCACUGUCCGGCGGCCACCUCCUGCAGCGCGUCAUCGACGGCGGCAGGGACCUGCGGAGCCUGGCAGGCCUGAACCUCAGCGGCUGCGCGCACUGCCUGGCACCUGACUGCCUGCUCCGCAAGGCAGAGGACGACAUCGACCCCGCCAUCCUAGAAGCGCUGGUGGCGGCCUGCCCCAACCUACGGCACCUCAACCUCUCAGCCGCGCACCACCACAGCCCCGAGGGCCCCGGCCAGCACCUGUGCCAGCUGCUGGCUCGGCUGCCCCGCCUGCGCUCCCUGUCGCUGCCCGUCUGCGCUGUGGCCGACUCCCCGCCACGGGCCGACCGCGCGCCUGUCCCGCCCGCCAUGCGUGCGGUGCCCCGCGGCUUCGGCAAGAAGGUCCGCAUCGGCGUGCCAUCCGUCCCCUUCCCUGGGCCGGCAGGCCCCCAGCCGUCCUCGGUGUUCUGGUCGUUGCUGAAGAACGUGCCCUUUCUGGACCGCCUCGAGCUGAUCGGCUCCAACUUCUCAUCUGCCAUGCCGCGCAAUGAGCCUGCCAUCCGCAACUCCCUGCCCCCCUGCAGCCGGGCGCAGAGCGUCGGGGACGCGGAGGUGGCUGCCAUCGGCCAGCUGGCCUUCCUGAGGCACCUGACGCUGGCCCAGCUGCCCAGCAUCCUGACGGGCUCGGGGCUGGUGAGCAUCGGCCUGCAGUGCCAGCAGCUCCAGUCGCUCUCGCUGGCCCACCUGGGCUUGAUGGGCAAGGUGGUCUACAUGUCCGGCCUCUCGGACAUGCUGAAGCACUGCAAGCGGCUGAAGGACCUCAGGUUGGAGCAGCCCUACUUCAGCGCCAACGCCCAGUUCUUCCAGGCGCUGAGCCAGUGCUCCGCGCUGCAGCGCCUCUGCCUGGUGUCGCGCAGCGGGACGCUGCAGCCCGAGGCUGUGCUGGCCUUCAUGGCGCGCUGCCUGCGCGUGGUGGUAUGCCACCUGUUCACCGGCGAAUCGCUCACCACCUGCCGCAGCCUGCAGCAGGCCCUCCUCCGCAGUUUCCAGGCGGAGCGGCCGGCGCUGAACGUCGUCGUCUUCCCCCUGCUCCACGAGGGCCUGACCGAUGUGAUCCGGGACGUACCCAUGGUGCACCUGGAUGAGGUCACCUUGUUUAAAAGCAGAGUGGCCGAGGAGCCCCCCAACCUGUGGUGGUGAUGGGAGUGGGCGCCCAGCCGCAGCCACGGACCCAGCACGGCCUGGACGGGCGCGUGGCCUCCCCCUCAGCCACGGCUACUACCCCUGCCCGCGCCCAGGCCUGCACCCCCGGGGUCCCGGGGGAAGGAAGCCACUUCCCGGCGCCCGCCCGGCCCCUGAGCGCUUCCUUGUGAGGACUCCGCCUCAGCGCCCUUUGGCUGAGAUGGGGAGGAGGGAGGCGAGGGUGGCUGGCCCGUGACCUGGGGGCCCGGCUGGGGUGCUUCCCGGGGUGCGGACUCGCUGGAGCCAGGUCCCCAGAGCCCCGCGUGGCCCCAGUGCCCCUGCCCAGGAGUGUCCCUUGACUCCGUGCUGCUGGUCGGCGGCCUCCAGGCUCUGGGGAGGGGCAGAGGGGAGCUCCAGGUGUAUGGCUGCAAUUUGGGGCUCCCUUCUUCCUGUUAACCCGAUUUCGUCUCCGGUUCCUUUCCAGCCAGACGACAUCAGGCAGGUUGGGGCCAGUGGUGGGGGGCUGGGCGUCCCUGGCUGCACGCGGUCACGGCCGGCUUUAGAAGCUGCAGGUCCCUGAUUCUGUGGAAAUGUAGGCAGACCUGCUUCGUUAGAAAAACUUGAAAUAUUAGAGCCUAGAAAGGACAUGUGAGGCUGGAAAGACAACCCCAUUACCCCGUUUCAGAGAGCUGUAUUUAGCACUUUAAAAAAUGGCACCGCAGCUAUUCCCAAAAUGGGGGGCAGCCUCCCCGUGUCCCAGCCUCACACCCUGGGGUCACCAGGAGCCUCUGCCUUGUCACCGCGAGACUCUCCUCCAGAGCCAUCACCCGCAUGGUUGGUGGGCUUCCGAGGGUGCCGGUCGGGGUCCCUGCACCCAGAGUCUUGCCCCAACACCCCUGGUGACACUCCUGGAGAUGUCCUGGGAAGGCUGGGUGGCGUCAGGGGGCUUUCCAGCGGGGGUUCCUGAGUCUCCAGAGAGGCUGCCUCCCCCCACUCUGGGCUGUGCGUCCUCCCCAGGGCCCGGGGCUGCCUGCCCCGACUCUGGGCUGCGCAUGCAGAGUCCGCCAGGCCCGCCUCGCCGCCGCCCCACCUUGGCUGCUGUCUGCGCCGAGGCCCAGCCUCACUGGCUUCCUGGUCUGUUGCACACGCUGGCUGCCCCCAUUGGCGUCGCCCGUCCUGUCGUUCGCCUGUCAAAGGGACCUGGACCCUGAGCCCACCUUCGCCUGCCCUUCCCGGGGUCCUCCCCCCACCAGGCCCAGGGGAUCAGGAGGCCCUUCGGAGGGCAGAAGCGUGCCUAGGGUCAGGGUCCCGGAGGCACACAGGCCCCCAGCGCUCUGGUCAGUCCUAAGUGCCGUCCGUCUGGCAGCCUCCUGCCCCGCGGCCCUGGGCCUGCUCUUGCCUCCCUGCACUGGGCAGACCGUGUGUUUGCACGUGGAGCUGGGCUCCUCCCCUGCCCCAUGGCUUUCCUGCCGUGGGUGCCGUUGUCUCCUCUGGAGCGUGGGGUGCCCCCUUCCCUCCCCAGGUGCCGCUGACAGUUUUUUGCCUCCUGCCUGGAGGGACCGGCGUGCCAGCUGCUCCAGGGAAACGCCCCACGGUAGGGCCCUCACCCCACGGGCCUGGCUGGCUCCUCUCGCGUCCUCGCAGGUUGCAGGCCACGCUGCCCUGGGCCCCGGAGAGACAGGGCCACACGCUGUGGACGAGGGUCUGAGAGGUGGUGGGAUCCCCCCAUCCAUUUCUGGGCAUUUCUGUCGGAUGCACCUAGAGACCACCUGAGGGCCGUCAGGAAGGUGGUGUGGGGACCGACUGACCGCUUCCCUCACAGCAGGGCUGUGGCCAGUUUCAGCCUGACCAGCCGGGGGACUCAGCCCAGGAUGGGGGCAGGAGACCCCCGGGGCCCUGGUACUCAUGUCUUUUCAUCCAGAGCAGCUGGGCUCAGGCCAGAGACGGACCUUCCCACUGAGACCCUCCCUGCAGGCGGCCAUGGUUCUCAUGAGCAAGCGCUUUCAACCAGCAGCCUCGUCUAUGCCAGCCAGUAGGGCUAGGAGGGGCCGUUCAUGGGACGUGAGCUGCCUUGGAAAGCAGCCCCCUAAGAGGGGGCUUGUGUUUUUAGUGUCCCCCGACCACCCUUUACUUAGAGCAAGCAUUUCCCCUGCUCCUGCAGCCGGGACAGGACUCACCAGAUGUCAAUAAUGUGCUUAUUUUCACUAAGUGCUAUUUUGGCACCGUUGUUAAUUGCAAUUUAUAUUCUGCAGCAUUUUAUGCUGGGAGAAGAACCCACCCUGAUGAUCCCCAAUUGGCAGAACUAGGCUGUUAAGUGGCGGACCAUAUGCUGCCUGCAGAGAGGGGCCUGGUCAGCACUGGGGCCUGCGCGUGCACACGCGCGUGUGCAUGUACAUCUGUGUGCCUGCACGUGUGAGUGUAGUCUGCCAUGUAAGGGUUCUGUUUCUGGUGUGCACAUGAUUGUGGGAGCACACAUGUCUGCAUGGUGUGUGUGCGUGGUGUGUGUGUGAGACAGACACCGGGGAGCGGGGAAUGAGGGAGGAGGGGACCCGGACGUUUCUCUGUUAACAAGAGACCCUAGCUGGCCUCCCGAAGCCGCCCCUCUGCAGAGGCUCUGCCCCUGGACCCAGAGGCCCCACCCUAGACCUAGAGGUCCUGCCUGCUCCUGGGGCUGGGCUCUGCUAAGUCAGUGCCUCCAGGCAGCCCAGCCAGCGGCCUGAAGGUACUCCUGGUCCCGGAGGCUUGUCGGCUGCCUUUUGAGGACCUGGGAAGACAGGUCCGAGGGUCCCUUCUCCGCCAGCUCUCCAAGGGCUUCUCUGCUCGGGCCUGGGGCCAAGGCACCCUCUUCCAGCGGCUCUGCAAGGCUGGGUGUUCAAGGAUGCUCCCUUGACCCCCCGCCCCCCCCCCACCCUGAGGCGGGAUCCGGGGCCCCAGGGGCAGAAGUUUGGCAGAGGCCUAGCCUGGGGAAGCAGGGCCGGGGUGCCCGGGUCUCUGCUGGCUGAAGGGCCUGAACCCAGCGGGCACAACCUCGUUGCCCCGGUGAUUUCCUGGUGCAUGGCCAGGAUGGUGGCGGGUCCCAGUGCAUAACCCGCCCAGCAGGGGACCUGCCGGGAUGGGUCCUCCCUCCAGUCCUCCUCUGAGCAGCACCGCUCAGCCUUCUGCUUCCUCUCAGCCUCCCUGUUCCGUUAAGAUUUGAAUAGUGCUGAGACCUUGGAAAAAGAAGGGAGAUUGGUGGGUGAGGAUACUGGAGUGUGGCCCCUGCUGAGGGAGACGUGGAUGCCGACACCUGUGGUCCUCGUGGCCUUGGCCUUGGGCCCCCUCCCCACUGACCAGAGAGGGCUGGGGAAGCCCCUCCCUGUGCGGAGGGGCUCAGGGCGCAGGAUUCUGAUGAGCAGUGUCUCUGGUCUGCAGGGUGUGAUGAACAAACACCCACAGAAACUCACACAACCCCAGGUCCCACACAGGCUGACCAGCAUCGUCUAAAUUACUUUGCGAAGUUUUUUCAAAAAACACUGAAGUAUGAGGUCUUGCAUUAAUAGCACAGGGUUGGGGCACCAGCUGUACCAGACUCCAGGCCAGCAGUACCCAGAGGCUGCCCUGCUUUGCCCACUGGGGGGCCGAGGGGGUCUGAGCAGUGGGGGCGGGCAGAGGGCUGUGUGCAGGCGCGUGCUUUUGCCCGUGUGCCAUGCCACGUGACACCCCACGGCCGUCGGUUGCCUCCAGCCGGUUCCUGGCCGCCACUUGGGCUACUGCCCGCCCACCCACCUGCCCAUCUGACCACUGCCUGUCCCUCCGGCCAGAGAGUCCCGCUCAGCACAGGAUCAGUCAUGAGGGAGUGGGGCGGGCGGGGGGGUGGGGUGCCAGGCUGUCCCGCGGCAUUUGUGUAUGUGACCAGGUGCUAAGUGACCGAAUUCGCGUCACCUGCCUUUCGAUGACAGACCUCUUUGUCCUUUGGUGAAGCUGCUCCUGAAUUUUGUGUUCCAACUUACAUUUCGAAUGGGUAUUUUCAUGUAAAUUUGUGGCAUGUUAAAAGUUUCAAAUA